UAACUCCAUAUACAGUAUCAGCCUCUCUAUUUCAAGUUAAGUCAGUGGUAGAGUUUCAAUAGUGAAUAUUAUGGAGUCAAAUGUUGCCUACAAUGUUUUUCAUGCCAACAACAGACAAGGAAAAGCCAUUGCAUUACAGGAAAACACUGCUUACGAUAUCAACGAGAUUUCUUCAGAUGAAAUAAAUUCCUCCCAAGAUAAUGUCUACAGUCUCAUUGAGAACAAUGGGAGAGAAACACUCGCAUCGAAAAAUAACACAGCCUAUGGAAAAAUGUGUACAACAAAAACCAAUUCUACCUCCAACGUUCUGAGCAAUGCAAAGGAAAAAGGGCACCGCUUAGCUAAAAACAAAUGCACUAAAAAGUGGUUUGCAUUUCUUGCUGUCAUAGCUUUUGUUCUGUCUCUGUUAAUAGCUGUGGCAGCACUAGUGUACAGUAAUGUAGAGUUGAAGAACCAGAUGAUCAGUACCAAAGAGUUGAAGAACCAGAUGAGCAGUAGCAAUAAGCAAAUGCAGUUCAUGACCGAGCAACUGCAGGGCAUUCUUGAAAAACUUUAUCUUGGAACAAUCAACAACCCAGCAAGUUCUUGCAGUGACAUCCCUCAAGACCGACCAUCUGGAGAAUACUGGAUUGCCACUAACACCACUAGCUCUCCUGUUCAGGUCUACUGUGACAUGAAUCGAACAAGCUGUAGCUGCAACACUACAGGAGGAUGGAUGAGGGUAUCCAACCUUGACAUGACCGAUCCCAACCAAAACUGCCCAGAGGGAUUGAGACUGGUAACCAGGACAGAACCACCACUGCGUACUUGUGGCCGAGUGGAAGGACCAGCAGGAUGUACUUCCACUACCUAUUCAACUUAUGGGAUGGAGUAUUCGAAAGUUUGUGGUCGAAUCAUUGCAUAUCAAAGUGGCAGUCCAGAUGGUUUCACUCAUGACAAAUCUUUAUCAAUUGAUGGUGUUUACGUUAAUGGUGUGAGCCUAACCCAUGGACAGUCGCCUCGUCAGCAUAUCUGGACAUUUGCUAACGCACUUCACGAACAUAGCUCUAUUAACGAAGCGGUAUGUCCCUGCACAAGACCUGACCUCCCCUACGCUGGAACUGUACCUCACUUCAUUGGUCAAGAUUACUUCUGUGAGACUGGAAGCCGACAGCGCUUUAGGCUUAUUUUCUACCCUGAUGAUCCACUCUGGGACGGUCAGGGAUGCGGUGGUACCAGUACUUGCUGUGAGUUCAACAAUCCACCGUGGUUCUGCAAGCAACUCCCUCAACCAACUACAGACGAUAUCGAGUUGAGGCUUUGUGGAAAUGAGGUCAUUAGCAAUGAAGACACACCCAUUGAGAUAGUUGAGAUGUACGUUCGUUGAAUAUCACGCUUAAAACAAUUAUUCAUAGACACUAUAGUUGGACGAGACAUAGGCAUUAAUGUGUGUAUGAAUCAAAUUAGCUUCUAGGAUCGAUGGCCACCUUCAGUAUAAUUAUAUGACAAGUUACCAUAAUUAGUUUUAUACGUACACUAUGUGCAUGUACAUGUAGCACAAUAAUUAUGUUAACGUUCUUUUUCUGUUAGCAAUGGAGUCAUGAUUGACAAGCUAUUGAGUGCAGACACUAUAAUUAUAUUGGCAUUGU